AUGGCUCCGUGGACCCACAGGAACCACUCUCUGGGUGCAUGGCCAGACUCCCCCACCCUUGCACCCCAUCCUAGUGCACUACCAGGGGUGCCAUGGGCGGCAGCACUGGCCGGGGCGCUGCUGGCCUUGGUCACGGUGGGAGGCAACCUGCUGGUGACCGUGGCCAUCGCCCUGACACCGAGACUCCAGACUAUCACCAACGUGUUUGUGACCUCGCUUGCCACAGCCGACUUGGUGGUGGGGCUCCUAGUGGUGCCUCCGGGAGCCACCCUGGCGCUGACUGGCCACUGGCCUUUGGGCGCCACCGGCUGUGAGCUAUGGACGUCGGUGGACGUGCUCUGCGUGACUGCCAGCAUCGAAACACUGUGCGUCCUGGCCGUGGACCGCUACUUGGCCGUGACCAGCCCGCUGCGGUACCGCGCCCUGGUCACCAAGCGCCGCGCGCGGGCGGCCGUGGUGCUGGUGUGGGCGGUGGCGGCCGCGGUGUCCUUCGCGCCCAUCAUGAGCCAGUGGUGGCGCGUGGGCGCCGACGCCGAGGCGCAGCUCUGCCACUCCAACCCGCGCUGCUGCUCCUUCGCCUCCAACGUGCCAUAUGCCCUGCUCUCCUCCUCCGUGUCCUUCUACCUGCCGCUCGUGGUGAUGCUCUUCGUCUAUGCGCGCGUCUUCAUCGCGGCCAGGCGGCAACUGCGCUUGCUGCGCGGGGAGCUGGGCCGCUUCCCGCCCCGGAGCUCCCAGACACCCCCGUCCGGCUCCCGGUCCCCCGCCGAGGCGGCCGAGAUGCUCGCUGAGCCUGAGGCCGGUCCCCCCUGUGGUCCGCGGCCCGCGCGCCUCCUGCCCCUCCGGGAACACCGGGCGCUGCGCACCCUGGGGCUCAUCGUGGGUACCUUCACCCUCUGCUGGCUGCCCUUCUUCCUGGCGAACGUGCUGCGCGCCCUUGGGGGGCCCUCGCUCGUCCCCAACUCGGUUCUCCUCCCCCUUAACUGGCUGGGCUACGUGAACUCCGCCUUCAACCCGCUCAUCUACUGCCGCAGCUCGGACUUCCGCAGCGCCUUCCGCCGGCUUCUGUGCCGUCGCUCAGACUGCCAACCCCAAGCGCCCCGCACCGCCGCCUCCCCGGGCCGGGCCAGCCCCAUGGGGCCCGCCGGUAGGUAA